UCCCAGUUCCCAAAAUUCCUCGUGUUGAAAUCGGGGGCACGAGGAGAAGAGAGAGAGAGAAAGAGAGAGCGAGGGACCUGGUCUGAUGCGUUCUUCGAAUUCGAUGCUUUGUAGGUGAGGAGCAUCUGAGCCGGGGAGCGUUAGAUUCCUUGUCGAUCCCCAACGACAUGGAUGUUUGAUGCCUUAAUGCUAGGGUGGAGGAGCAUCCGAUGAUCUGAGGCAAUCGAUGAUUGUAUUUGGGGCUUGAAGAGAUCGAGGUUCGCGGACAGAGAUUGCGCUGAUUUGAUCCGGAGAUUCGAUAGUUGCUUGAUUUUUUGGUCGGACGGUGCUGGUGGUGGAAGGAAGUUUGUUUGUGGUAUUUGGAAGAGGAAGUCGAGCUUUGAUCGCCUCACCGAUGCCGGAUACAGGGGAGUUUCAGAGCAAUGCACUUUCGGCUUAUUCGAAUGCCUCAACGAAUCACAAUUUAGAUGAAUCGAUGCGUCGGCUUAAAGUUGAGGGAAAUUAUGAUGAAGUUGAUGCUUAUGCAAAUCCAUAUGAACCAUAUCCUGAUCGCCCUGGAGAGCCUGACUGCAUAUACUACAUUAAGACAGGAUCGUGUGGUUAUGGAAGCACCUGCCGCUACAAUCACCCAACUUAUGUUGGGCAGGGUACUCGGGCAAAAGGUGAACUUCCAGAAAGAGUUGGUCAGCCUGACUGUCAGUACUUUCUAAGAACAGGGAUGUGCAAGUUUGGUGCAACAUGCAAAUAUCAUCAUCCACGUGACAGGCAAGAUGCACGGGCAUUGGGAUUUAACAUUUUUGGUUUUCCAAUGCGUCAGGAUGAGAAAUCGUGCUCAUAUUACAUGAGGACUGGAACCUGCAAAUUUGGAGUUGCUUGUAAGUUUGACCAUCCCCAGCCUGCACCAGGUGCUGUAUAUCCUCUAACUUUAACUGGAUCCCCUGCCUAUCGGUCUACAAUAUCAUCUGUGGCGCCAACACCUAGCAUGCCUUUUGCUGGCGGAAUUUCAUCUUGGCCAUCAGCCAACGGGCAACCUUAUAUGUCUAGUCCUCGCAUGCAAUGCCUUCCAGCUUAUGUGCCUGUUAUUAUUCCUACAACCCCAGGGACCAUUCCCGGGCAACAAGGAUGGUCCAAUUACACGGGUGAUGUGAGCCAGGUUACUUCUCCUGAAGUUGUCGGACAUACUAAGACACCAAAGUCCAAGAACAAGGCCCAGCCAAGUCCCAGCUACAUUGAAAAUCUCCCAGAAAGACCUGAUCAACCAGAUUGCCAAUACUACUUGAGAACUGGAAGCUGCAAGUAUGGUUCAACUUGCAAAUACCAUCACCCGAAAGAUAGAAUCUCUUCAGCCAUCGGUUUUCUUGGACCCCUUGGCCUCCCUCUAAGACCUGGCCAUGCUGUUUGCUCAUUCUAUAGCAUGUAUGGAACCUGCAGGUUUGGUUCAGCCUGCAGAUUUGAUCAUCCCCUGAUAAGCUAUUACAACUACGCAUUGCCAGAAAUUUAUGCUCCUGAUCCUUCUUCUUGGUUUUCUAACCAAAGUAACCCACAAACGACAUUAAUUUCCUUUGAUGUGUCCCCACCUAAAGUGAUGAAAUCUGAGGUGACGGAUGAAGCUUUGCCUUCUGACAGUGAUGAGUACAGAAACCCUCCUGCUCAAGCUACUUCUCCGCCACAUACUGCUCUUUCAUCUGAAUCUCCGCUGAAUCAAUCUGAUUAAUUACGCCUGGUCUGCCUCCCUCUUUUUACAUCCAGUGGGGGGCGGGUUCAUGUUAUGAGCUGGGGAAUUUUUGAGAAUGUGCGUCCAAUUCUCCUCCUUUCAGGCUGUUUUCUGCUGCUGGAAUUGCAUUUACUGCUGUUGACGGCUGAAGAACUUUAUAUUUAAACUGUUGAGUUUUUCACUCUUUUCAAUUUUUAUAC